UUACUAGUUAAGACUUAAGAGUAGUUAAAAUUGUUAUUAUUCUCUUCUUUCUGUCCCUCUCCCGGAAAUCGAGAUAGGUCCUUUUUCCGAACCCUAAUUUCCGUUUGCCCCAAAACUUUUCUUUUUGCCUUUCCUCUUCAAGUUCCCAAUUGCUUCUUCUGUCAAUUCUGCAAUGGAGAUGAUGGAUCACAGAAACAACAGCGGUAACAUGUACAAUCUGUUCGUCAAGCACUUGGACGGGAAAACCUUAACCCUAAUAUUCCCUUCUCCAAUCCUCUUCGCCAAAACCAUAAAGGAUCGCCUCUUCGACCUUACCGGCAUCCCGCCGCACCACCAACGCCUCGUAACCGGUUUCCGCCACCUCAACGAUGAAGGAUCGGCCAUCUGCUCGCCGGAUGGCAGCAACAUCUUCCCGACAGUGCGACUCCUUCUGCGGCUGAAGGGCGGCAAGGGAGGGUUCGGAUCGCUGCUUCGAGGUGCGGCGACGAAGGCUGGGCAAAAGAAGACGAACAAUUUUGACGCUUGCAGGGACAUGAGUGGGAGAAGGCUGAGGCACGUGAACGCGGAGAAGAGGCUGGAGGAGUGGAAGGCGGCGGAGGAGGAGCGGCGGCUGGAGAAGGUUGCGGAGGAUUUCCUGAAGAAGCAGAUGAAGAAAGGUAAGAAGGGUGCUGGCGAUGGAGAAGCUCACAAGUAUGUUGCCAAGUAUAGGGAAGAGUCUGAGCGCUGUGUCGCCGAGGUUGCAGAGUCUGUGAAGGAGGCUUUGAAGUCUCUCAAUGGUAAGAGAAAGGGUUCUGAAGCUGCACUGGAGAAAGCUGAUUCUAAGAAGUUGAAGAUAUGGAUGGGGAAGAGAAAAUUGAAUGAAAGUGAUAGUGACGAUUCUGAUGAGAGUGAUGAUGAAGGGGGGAAUCAGAAAUCCAUUGUGUUGAAUAGCCAGACUGAAUCGGAUACUAAUAAGGCGGAAGGCAGUUCGGAUUCAGUAUCUUGUAAGAAACAGAGCGGAGACUCUUCUGGUGCAGGCUCUUGUGAAAGUGGAUCUGAAGAGGAGAGAGAAACUGUACUAGAAGGCAAAGUAGAAGCUGUUGGAUCCCCGAGUGGCGAGGCCACUGAGGCCAAACUCAUUGAUGCUGUUGAACCUGUUGUAUAUGAAGAGAUGAUGGGGGCUGCUACAAUGCCUUGUUCAGAGUCAAUAACUGUGAUUAGUGUUGAAGAUAAUGGACAUCAGGAUUGCAAUGCUGCUGUUGGUCAAGCCUCAGAUAAUCUAAGCUCAGAAAAUUGGGCUGGUGCAAGCAAAUCGAAUGACAUGGAGAUUGAUGAAUCUCUUCAGCAUAAAGCAUUAGUCCAUGAAGAAAUCUCACCAAGCACUAGCAUUCCCGCAUUGGAGGAGCCUCUGAAUUUUGAAGCUUUUAAUUCAGCUGCAGAGCUUGAGGUUCUUGGCUUGGAAAGGUUAAAAUCUGAAUUGCAAUCUCGUGGGCUGAAAUGUGGAGGAACUUUGCAGGAGCGUGCUGCCAGGCUUUUUCUUUUGAAAUCCACUCCACUGGAGAAAAUUCCAAAGAAGCUGCUUGCGAAGAAAUGAGCAGCGCUAUAUGCAUCAACCUGAGAAGCUGAUCUCUUUUUGUACAGUAUCUUAUAGCUAUACUAGUUUUUCUUUGCAGGCAGAGGCGAGUGUAUCUUGACUUGGGAACAGAAUAAUUCUCGUUUUUCUCCCCUGUUCCUUUUA